GUGGACAUUGAGAAUGCAGUACAAACUUGUCCCCAAUUUGGAUUUCAAGACACAGCGCUCUAUUUGUCUUCAAAGUGUUCACAUGGAGCAUGCACCGGAGGAUUUAAUCACUCAAGGAAGGAGAGAUUUAGUGUGUGGUGAUAUUAACAAAGCAGUAGAUAAUUUUCAAAAAGCUUGUAAAGCUCUGUCGAUGAUACAUGGUGAUUUUCAUGAAGCUCUUGCUGUCCCUAACUUACUGUAUGGUACUGCUCUUCUCGAACUAUCACGAAUAGAAAGUUCAGUUAUCGGGAAUGCAUUGGAUGGGAUACCAGAUUCAGACAAAAAUGAUUCAGAAUCGGAUGAUGGGAUCAUUGAACCUGGGCCUGAAUUGACAACUGAAGAAAAAGAAGACAUUUCCAAUCAAGUCAUAGAUGCUAUGUGUGAAGAUAAAAAGCAGGAAGAAAGUGAGACCAAAGAAGCCGACACACCUAGCGAAGACACUGAAGCUGUAAGCGGAAAUGAUGCUGCUACUGAUAAUCCGACGGGUGACGCUUCUGAAGGGGCUGAGGAUGAUGAAUCAAACGGAUCUGAAGAGGAAGAGUCUGAGAAUCAAGAUGAGGUCCAGAAUAAUCCCACAGGAUCGGAAGCUGCUAAAUCCGAUGAUGAAGAUGAAGUGUCGAAUCUUCAAAUCGCUUGGGAGGUUAUUGAAGUAGCCAAAAAACUGUUCUCACAAAAAGAUGACGAAGAGAGUAAACUGAAUGUUGCCGAGUGCCUAGAAAAGCUUGGUGAAAUUAGUCGCGAGAAAGAAGAUUAUGACCAAGCAGUAUUAGACUUAAAGGAAUGUUUGGAAAUCCGUACUUCCAUUUUGGGUCAAAAAGAUCGUCGUGUAGCUGAAAGCCAUUACCAACUGGGAACGACGUAUGCCGUUUCUGGAGAUUUAGCAAACGCAAGCAGCUCUUUCAAAGCCUCAGUUGAGUGUCUCAAGUUGUUGGCUGAAGAUAUCAGGUCAAAAAUCGAAGCUGUUGACCAGAAAGAUGGAGAAGAGAAAGAGCUUCUCCAAGUUACACUUAAAGAGAUAGAACUUUUAAUACCAGACGUUCAGAGUCGGUGUGCGGAUAUUGAGGAAGAUCGAUUAGCUGAAAGCAUUAAACAAACCGAGUCUCCAAUGGAACCAUGCUCUAAUGGUACUAGUGUCCCAACUGAUGACAUAUCACACUUGAUAAGGAAAAAACGUCCUGUUACUGAAACGACACCUGUGGAAUCUGUAGAAAGUAUAAGUCUUGAAUUAAAUGGUCAUGAAAACUCAACUUCCAAGAAAGUGAAGCUCAUAAAUGCGAAUGGUGAAUCCCUGCCUAAAGAAAAUGGUGUUUAGUUAAUUGAUAUGUGCCUAUAGAUUAAAAACCGAUUCCAAAGAAUUGCAUUUCAUUUUUACAGAUUUUGUCAGAAAUUUUUGUCUAUCGUUUUUAAAUAAGUUAUCUGCAGAUUACUUAUUCCAAAAAUAAAGUUCAUGUAUUCCCUUUGA